CCUCGAAAUCCUCUCAGGGGAAAAGAGAGACCGCGAGAGCCGACGGAGGGAAGCAGGCGGCCAAGAGGGCUGUAGGAUGCGGGCCGGGCUUCUGGAGGGAGGGGUGCUUGCAGUCUGAACUCAUACAGUUUCACAUGAACAAAAGCUUGAAGAAAGAAAGCGGCAUGCCAGCGGAGCCACAGCCGCCUCCCUCAGAGGCCUCGCCUCCGCCGAACCGGGAGCUGCAGGAGGAGAUCGAGAGACUGGAGGACGAGAACGAAUACCUGACGCAUGAAAUUGAAGAAAUGCGAGCGGAGAUGGAUGAAAUGAGGGACACGUUCUAUGAGGAAGACGCCUGUCAGUUACAGGACAUGCGUCGUGAACUGGAGCGAGCCCAUAAGAACUGCCGAAUCCUUCAGUAUCGCCUGCGAAAGGCAGAGAGGAAGAGAAUGCGAUACGCAGAAACCGGUGAAUUUGACGGAGAACUGCUGAGGAGCCUGGAGCAAGACCUAAAGGUGGCCAAGGAUGUGUCUGUGCGUCUGCACAACGAACUGGAGAAUGAGGAGGAGAAACGAACGAAAACAGAAGAAGAGAAUGAAAGACUGAGGCAACAGCUGAUUGAAGUGGAGGUGACCAAACAGGCUUUACAAAAUGAGCUGGAAAAGACCAAAGAGCUCUCUCUGAAACGAAGAGGAAAAGAUGUACAGAAAUCAGAGAAGAGGACUCCACAAACCCCUGCAGUGGAGGAAAAUGAAGAUCUGAAAUGCCAGUUGGCCUUCAUCAAAGAAGAGGCUAUCUUAAUGCGGAAGAAAAUGGCUAAGAUAGACAAAGAGAAGGACCGUUUAGAGCAGGAGCUGCAGAAGUACCGCUCCUUUUACGGUGAUGUAGACAGUCCUCUCCCAAAAGGUGAGGCCGGAGGUCCUCCAACCACCAGAGAGUCCGAGCUGAAGCUGCGUCUGCGGCUGGUGGAAGAAGAAGCCAAUAUAUUAGGCCGCAAAAUAGUGGAGCUGGAAGUGGAAAACCGUGGGCUGAAGGCGGAGCUGGAGGAUAUGCGCGGGGAUGAGCUGUCUGGAGGGACGAUGGACCCCUCGUCCAGAGAGCAGAGCGCGGUGCUCUCCGAACUCCGGCAGCAGCUUCAGUUAGUGGAGGACGAGGCUGAGCUCCUGCGCCGCAGCUUGGCUGACGUGGAAGAGCAGAAUAAGAAGAUAACCAACGAGCUCAACAAACUUAAAUACAAGGCCGGGUCACACGAGGGAUCGCGCUUUAGCAGUGGAGCAGUCGAUGGGGCAAAAGUUGAAGCCCUGCAGGAAGAGCUGAAAGCCGCUAGGCUACAGAUCAAUGAACUGAGUGGGAAAGUGAUGCAGCUGCAGUAUGAAAACCGUGUGCUGCUGUCCAACAUGCAGCGCUACGAUCUGGCGUCUCACCUUGGCAUCCGCAGCAGCCCGAGAGACAGCGACGCAGAGAGCGACUGCGGCCGCAGGGAAAGCGACGAUGACUGCUCUCGUCUCACGCCGCAUCGCAAACGUGAGGGUCCCGUCGGCGGAGAAAGUGACUCCGAUGAGGUCCGCAACAUCCGGUGCCUGACUCCCACUCGCUCCCUUUACACCCCAGAGGGACGUUAUUUAUCCAGAGGUUUCAGAGACCGCCAGCAGAUGAUGGAUAUCUGCAUGGAGGCGGAGAGACUGAGCAGGACCAUCGACAGACUCAUCGUUGACACCAGCACUAUCAUCGCAGAGGCUCGUAUUUACGCCACCAACGGAGAGCUGUUUGGAAGAAUGGAUGAGGAUGACGAGGGCGGUCGGAUACGAGAGCACGAGCUGCUCUACCGCAUCAAUGCUCAGAUGAAAGCCUUCAGGAAGGAGCUGCAGAACUUCAUCGACCGCCUGGAAGUCCCGAACCCAGAAGACCGAGAAACUGAAGAGCCUCUGUCAGUUACGCACGGUACAGGAAGUGGUCAUGGUUUCAGGCACAGACUACAUCAGUCAUUCAACCAAACACAAGCUUCCUCUCAAAAACAGAUGACAGCUGCGCUUCACUGCUUGCGUAGUAUAAUUGGUGAGUAUUGUUUAUGCGUCUUAUUAACAUAUUACAAUUAAUAGAGUUUAAAUUAUGUUUUCCAAACAUGUUGAUACAAUUUAAGUUCUUGAUGUUGCAUUUUAGGUGAUAAUUGUAUAAUCUGUUAACAGAGGACAAAGUGAAGCCCUUCUCUGACACUCCACGUCUUGGAUGAUUUUUCUAAAAAAAAACAUAAAACCAUUUGACAUCAAGAACCCAUUGGAAACCUUACACUUUCAGAAUAUUAAAUGUGUGAUAUAAUUUAGUUAUAAAGAUUGAUGAUCUGCUUUACAUUGUAAACUAUGAAUUUGGGCAGCUGUUUCAUUGUCUUCAUUUCACUGCGUCCCUUAUAAAUACUUUAAGAAGUAGGUUAUCUAAAAGUACUUUAGGCUGCAGCAAUCUUCUGAAAAGUGGUAAAAUACACUCUAAAGUUUUUAUUUUUAAUUUUUAGGAUCUUUUCUACCUGACCUAACCUUUGAAACUGAAUAUUGUUAGUGUGACCCAAUCAGGGGUGUGUUUCCUAAAACCAACUAUGGUCACGAGUUCCGUCCAUAUAGUUCAACGUGGGUGCUUGCAACCAUAGUUGCGAUUGGGAAACGCACCCUAGGUUGAUAUGUAAACAGACUUGUUAAUAAAGCUUGUUGGUGUCAAAUAUUUUCUCCUAUGCAACUUUAAAAACAAUGAGUAAGGGUUUGAUUGUCUAAUUUUCUGGAGAGUUUUCAUAUUUGCAUGUAGCUACCCGUCUAAUCCGAUUCGACCAAUGAUGUGAGUUGGGGGCGGAGCUUAUUCAUAAAGCUGUCUUGGAACAAUAUAUAAAUAAAUUAUUAUAAAAAUGUUUGCAAUCCCCAGUGGCGCCAGUGGUGCAGAAAUGGCAUAAUUCAUAUGUAUUUAUUUGACAGUUUUUACUAAUGAAAAGGGGAAUGUAGGCCACAUUUUCAAAUAAAGCAAGGUCACCGCUGCCGUAUGUUGAUGAACUUGACUUAAAUGUACGGCUAUUAGAUUACAUGUUCAUUAUGAUUAGAAACAAACACUGAGUGUAAUAUUGCUGUUUAAAAUUACAAAUAUUAUAAA